AGCGGUUAGCUAAACCUAGAAGUAGAGAAUGAUGUAGGCCAAGCCCUCUGGAACUUGACGAACUGCUUACCGGUUUGUCGUUUGUUACUCCUGUCAGGUUGGUUAGCAAAAAGGGGUGAAGAUGCCAGACAACGAUGGAAUCGAGCGGGGCCCCGCCGCUACGCCGGAGGACUUCGUCAAGGCACUCGAGAAAAGGGAGUUGGCACGGCUACAAGUGCCAAAGAUUGACAUCUUCCACUUCGAAGGGGAGAGGGUGUCAAAAUGGCUGGUUGGGGGGCCAUAAAGGAAGGCGUAAUGGACGGAGAACAUCCCAGGUAGAUAUCUUCCAGAUGAGGCAGGCUAGGAAGAAAAGGAAGGCCUUAGACGCUACGACGAGUGAUGGGCGCGACUUCAAGAAAAUGGUGGAGGAUGCGGCGGCCCAACUCGAUGCAGCGAAGGAGGCAAGGAGAAAAACUAUGGCGGCAACGCAGACCCAAGGUAAAGCGAAGAAAGCGGUGGUGCAGGAGGAAGAAGAAGAGGAGCCUGAGCCACAAAAGUUGACAAAAGCUCAGAGGAAGGCAAAAAACUUGGCUCAGGGGGGGCAAGGCUCAGGGAGGGGUCAAGUCCCGCAAGCGGUAGCCAUGCCACCUCCUGAGCCGCCCAGUCAAGCUUCACCAACACACUAUGGGUUGUGGCCAGGUUGUGGACCUUCAAGUCACUGGCAUGGGCACUGCUCGUAUGCGCCAUGGCCGAUGAGUGGGCCGCAUGGGUCGUGUGCUGGACCAUCAGUGAGCGCGGCUUCCUGUGGCUGGUCGGGACCCCAAGCGCAACAAGUGAGUCACCCGAACCCACCGCCAAACCAACCUCAGCAGCCAGCCCCACAAGGUCCGCAAGGCAAUCAAGAGGGUGGACGUGGACAGUAUCAGGGGUGGGGCCGAGGACGGGGGAAUGGUGGCCGUGGAGGAAAUGGCAGAGGGAAUGGUGGUGGUAACACUUCAGGUGGCAGAAACGAGGGCUGGACGGCAUCCGGGAGCCAAGGCGGUCAAGAGGGUGGAAGAGGCGCUGGCAGAGGCAGGAUAGAUUGGAGGAAUGCCAUUUGUUGGUACUGUGGGCAGAAAGGCUACACUAUCAAGUUCUGCCAUGUCAGGAGGAGCGACGAGGACGCAGGUUUAAUUAGCACCAACUAUGAUGGAGACAUGUACGACAAGUGGGGUUACCACCUUGACCCGAAGACUUCUUGCGGUACGAGGAAGGAAGCCCUGCGAAGGGCUGAGGUCGGUGAGCCACCCGCACCUCCAACCAUGUUUCGGAUAUGGCAGGAGAAAGAGGUCCGUAGUGACGUCAGGGUGGAGGAGGUAGGAGAGAACGCAGAGGUGGAGCAAGAAAGGAAGGCCGACACUACUAAGGCAGAACCGAUCAUAGUACAAUCCGACGCGCAAGAGGAAAAACUUGUGGUGGAAACCAUAAGAGGAAGGCACGCUGCAUAUGCCUUUAGUGAUGAUGAGAGGGGCCGACUGGACGUGGAUAUUAUCCCCAUGAUUAGGAUACACACCGUACCUCACGAGCCGUGGAACUUGCGAGGUGCGCGAUACCCUAAUCCAACCGAUGAAGAGAAGGUGGUCAACUACCUCGACGGGAAGAUCCGCACUCAUGUGGCAGAUUACUCGAGUGGUCCAUAUGCGUCCCCCUGGUUUUGCUUUGUCAAACCCAAUGAGACUCUGAGGUGGGUACAAGAUUUGCAGCGCCUGAACGUUGUAACAGUGAGGGACGCAGGUGGCCUCCCCAACGCCGAUGCGCUUUCAGAGGCAUGCGCUGGGAGAGCCAUUAUAUCACUCAUUGACUUAUAUUCAGACUAUGAUCAGUUUCCUGUGUACCCAUCGGACAGACCGAUGACGGCUAUGCAUGCCCCUCGAGGGUUGAUCCACAUGAACGUUGCGCCACAGGGGUGGACGAAUGCGGUCGCCAUGGUCCAGCGGCACAUGGUGAGGGCGAUGCAGCCCAUAAGUCCUCACAUCACGCAACCCUACAUUGAUGAUCUGGCCGUGAAAGGACCCAAAGAGAAAGAUGAGCAGGAGGUGAUGCCAGGAAUCAGGCGCUUUGCGUGGGAUCAUGUGCAAGACUUGUGCAAGGUCCUGGAUCUCUUGAAGGAGCAUAACCUCACUGCUAGUGGGCCAAAAUCGAGGCACUGCAUGAGUGGUUCCACUAUCUUAGGAUUUGUGUGCGACGAGAGGGGUCGUCGGCCAGAUACUAAGAAAACUAACAAAAUUCUCGAAUGGCCAACACCGUUCCAAACUAUUACAGAGGUGAGGAGUUUCCUGGGAACGUGUGGGUUUUGGAGAAUCUUCAUAAAGGGGUUUGCGGCUAAGACAGAGCAGCUGCGGAAGCUCGUGCGUCAAGGGCAAGACUGGUAUUGGGGAGAAAGGCAAGAAUCGGUAAUAGAAAACCUGAAGAAAGAGUUUGAAGAAGGAGGUCUGGUUCUGGGAGUACCAGAUCAUGCGGCAGUGAUGACCAAACCUUUCAUUGUUGAAACGGACUCAGGACCAACUGCUUUAGGAGGUGUGCUGAUUCAGCGAGACCCCAACGGAGAAGAACGACCAUUGAGAUUUGAGAGUCGGACGCUCAAUACGACUGAGAGGAACUACUCUCAGUUCAAGCGCGAAACCUUGGCGUUUCCUCACUGUUUGAGGAUCUUCAGAAACUACCUCUUUGGCAGUAGGUUCGUAUUGAGGGUGGACGCUACGGCGUUGGCUGGCUCUCUCAGGAACUUCGCCCCUUCAGACCCAACUAUUGCCAGGUGGCUAACGUACAUCUGGAUGUUUAACUUCGAGUUGGAGCGAAUUCCAGGGAAUAAGAAUAGGGCGGACGGGCUGAGCCGAGUCGACUGGGACAAUAACAAUCAAGGAGUGAUCGAGGAUGCUCCGCCAGUCGACGGGUUCUUGGACAGUGAGGAGGAUGUGAGACUUCACAUCAAUUCCUGGGCAUUGGCCGUGGGUAACUAUGUUAAUCCCGGACGGCCUGUGUGGCUUGCGCCUCCAGGACAUGCACGACGGCUAGACUUAGUCCUCAAGCCCUAUAUUGAAGAAGAUUCUUGGGGAAUGUCGGGCGUGGGUUGGAUGAUGGAGCUGGCAUUGGCAGGUAAGUAUGAGCUACAAGAAGACCCGCUCACGAUUGAGAACGGGGCGCUACAAGUGGGCAAGCACGAGAGGGUGAUAGGUGGGGGGUACCUAUUGGCAAACGCGCUGCUUCAGGAGGAGGCAGUCAGGAAUACGGUGCUAGGUCAGGAAGUGGUGGUAGAGCCGGGAGGAGGUGACAACGUGAUUCACGAGAGAGAAGAUGAUGACUUCGAAGAGGGGGAGAUCCAGGAAGCAUUCGUAAUGGAUAGAGGGUCUGAGUUCACAUAUGCAGAAGUGAAGGCUCUUUUGAAGAAGUAUGGGGUAAUCGCUGAGUACACUACUGCAGCGCACCCUCAAGCCAACGCACCUGUGGAGAGGGGGCAUAGCACCAUCACAAAUCUUCUUGCCAAGUGGACCAAUGACAGACCCAACCAAUGGCCAAACUUUCUAAGGGUCGCAUUUUUCGUGGAUAACAUCACUAUCAGGAGGAGCACUGGCUAUGCACCGGCUACGCUAUGGUACGGCAGGCAUGCGACAUUUCCCAUUGAAAGCUUCCUGAAAACUUGGAGGCGACAGGACCUCGAGAUUGAUCUGACCUUUGAGGAACUGCUGGAUUUGAGGGCACGACAGAUUGGCGCUAUUGAGGACAGGAUUGAGGAGGCAGCAAGUAGAACCGCGGACAGCCGUACCAAGGACAAGUUCCGGUGGGACAAGAAGGCGAGGGUAAGAAAGGAGCCUCUCAAGGUGGGAGACGUUGUGCUGUUGUACGACUCGUCCCUAUAAAAGCAGUGGUCGUGGAAGUUGGAUAAGAGGUGGUUGGGGCCUUACAGAGUCACCAGAUGUGGUAAACAUGGCGCCUACCAAAUC